ACGCAGCAUGAAGUUGGUGCCGUUGUAGAACUAAUAUUUUGAUUUGUCAUGUGUAUAUUUGCGCCUUUGUAAGCACACGGAGACGAUGAGUUUCUUGAAUAGGACCACGACACUGCGAACUCGCAGUAUAAGCUUUGUUCAGCGGUGGUUUUCAAGUGCUACGCCAGAAGAAAACAAAACUGAACUCCUGGCACCUAGUGACCCUGCGUACUCCAGGGCCGUUACGCACAGAAGUGACGCUAAUUCUGUGCAGGCCUCCUCUCCGGUCUCCAGAGAUGUGCGGCGGCGCGUGCUGCUGAAGGACGAUCUGCCAUUCUCCGCCUUCCUGACCGACUCCUUUGGCCGCAGACACAGUUACCUGCGCAUCUCACUGACUGAGAAGUGCAACUUCCGCUGCCAGUACUGCAUGCCCGAGGAGGGGGUGAAGCUGACCCCCCGCGCCGAACUCCUGAGCUCCGAGGAGAUCCUCACACUGGCCCGCCUCUUCGUCCAGGAGGGGGUCACCAAGAUCCGCCUCACAGGGGGGGAGCCCCUCAUCAGACCUGACGUACUGGACAUCAUUGGUAAGAUGCGUGAGUUUGAGGGCCUGAAGACCAUGGCGGUGACCACUAACGGCCUCAACUUGACCCGCAUGCUCCCGGGCCUCCAGAAGUCCGGCGUGGACCUGCUCAACAUCAGCCUGGACUCACUGGUGCCCGCCAAGUUCGAGUUCAUCGUCAGACGGAAAGGGUUCCACAAAGUCAUGGAAGGUAUCAGAAAAGCAGUUGAGAUGGGGUUCCACCCAGUCAAGGUGAACUGUGUGGUGAUGCGGGGCCUUAACGAAGAUGAGAUUCAGAACUUUGUGGCUCUGACAGAAGAGAUGCCCCUGGAAGUGCGCUUUAUUGAAUAUAUGCCUUUUGAUGGCAACCGGUGGAACUUCAAGAAGAUGGUGAGCUACCAGGAGAUGCUGGACCACAUCCGGCAGCAGUGGCCAGACCUGGAGCUCGUACCUGGGGCCGAGGCUGACACCGCAAAGCUCUACAGAGUUCCUGGUUUCCAGGGUCAGAUUGGCUUCAUCACUUCCAUGUCAGACCACUUCUGUGGCGGCUGCAACCGUCUACGCAUCACUGCCGAUGGAAACCUUAAGGUGUGUUUGUUUGGGAACUCUGAGGUGUCGCUAAGAGACCAGCUGCGUUCCGGAUCUUCAGAUGAGGAGCUGCUACAGGUCAUAGCUGCUGCUGUCGGACGCAAGAAGAAGCAACAUGCAGGCAUGUUCAGCAUCUCCCAGAUGAAGAACAGGCCCAUGAUUCUUAUUGGUGGGUGAUCUCCUAGGUAACCAACAUCCU